UUGAUUGGUUGCUGUUUCACUGCUUGACGCUUGCAUGUGAAUACACCUUAAGUCUAUGAUAUUGUACCGCAUUAGUAUUGUAUGGUCCGUAUUCAGAUCGCGUUUACAAUGAUGUUAGCGUGCUAAUUUACUAUAAUUUACGUUACUAGAAUAGAAUUUCAGAAAUAAAAGCGCGCUUUUAUCGAUAAAAGCACGUUCUGAAUACGGGCCAAAAGCGCGAUUUUAUCAAUAAAAGCGCGUGCAACGGGCCUGUAUGUACAACAUACACACACUUGCACAAAAGCUAUAUAUGGUGGAACUAAUCAGAGAAAAGAAACACUAUCCGCUCUACUCUUCCAUGAUUCUCUCUGCAAUAUUGAGAUCAUUACAUCCUUGUUGUUUGCCAAUGUUAAACAAAAAUGGCAUGAUCACUGUCGUUUAAAGUCACUAGAUUAACAAAGUGUGCCUUCCAACAAGUGACACAAAUGAUACGGUGUGACACAAUGGAUAAUUACACCCUUAUUGUUUGUCAAUGUUAAAUAAAGAUGACAUGAUCACUGUGUCGCACUGUAUCGCUUGUUGGAAGGCAUACAAAGUACCGCGAACUGCCGCUAUUUUGACUCCAUGACGCGUGGUUAUUCAAAAUUUCAGCCUCUUUCACUGCAGUUACAACACAGCAACCAUUUUCGAUAAUAAAAUCAGGUUCUUCUUCUUCUUUCAGACCCCUGUAUGAAUUUCCGACUUUUUAAUAGAAUCAGGUUAGGAUAGUACUUCGACGCCAUUUUGAAUUCAAAUGUUAAUUCAGGAAGAAGUUACAUAAUCGAUACCCUAGAGAGAAAAGGAAGAAAGAUGCUGGUGCAAAAGUUUAGUCAAAAAGAACAGACCUAGAUUAAAAAGUAAAAAAAAGAAAAAGUUAUAUGAUCGAUAUUCUCGAGAAAAGAAGAGGAAGAAAGAUGCACUGGUGCAAAAAUUCAGCCAAAAAGAAGGCCUGAUUAUAUUGUACAAUAGAAUAUCUAGGGAAUCCGAACGCACCUCAAUUUAUGAAGAUGGCCUAGGUUGGAAACCAAUUAGGGAUUUGAAGAAGAAGAACCAUACGUGAUAGUUCUCUCUCUGUGAAAAGAGUGUAAUAGGAUAUUAAAAAAUCACGGAAAUAUGACUGAUAAUAUCGAACAAACAAAUAAUGAAACAGAAAAUCAAGAUUUGAACGAUUUAUUGGAUAGUGCUUUACAAGAUUUUGAUAAAGUAUCCUUAUCAAAUGUCGAAAAAAGCAAUGACAUAAAUACAGCAAAUUCACAGAAGCAAACAGAUAAACAUGAAACGUCUGAGGAGAAAUGGACAGAGGAUUUUCUCAAACAAACAGCUGAUCAAUUUGAAAAAAAUUUACAAAAUUUAUUGCAAAAUGAAGAUAGCGAACUGGAAGCUGCUUUACAGAAGCUUGGACAAAUGUCGGCCAAUAAUGCAAUGGAUGAAAAAAAUGUGAAUACAGACUUUCAGUCAGCUGUUUCACAAGUUUUGAAGGAUUUAACUGCUAAUUCUGAAAAUUUACAGAAUGAAACAGAUGUAGCAGCUAUGCUUGAACAAACAUCUUUUGACGGCGAUACUGGUGAUAUAUUACCAUUUAUGCAAGGAAUGAUGGAGCAUCUUUUGUCAAAAGAAAUUCUUUAUCCGUCAUUGAAAGAACUAUCUGAUAAAUAUCCAGCAUGGUUAGAGGAGCAUAAAGCAACUUUAAAUGCUUCUGAUUUAGAGAGGUAUACAAAACAGUCAGAAUUGAUGCAAAAGGUAUGUAUUGAAUUGGAAAAAGAAAAGGAAGACGAUACAGAAGAUAUUAAACAACAUCGAUUUGAAUGUGUAUUAAAAUUUAUGACGGAAAUGCAAAAUUAUGGUCAAGCACCUGACGAUCUUUUUGGCGAACAGUUCUUGCCUUUUCAAUUUGAUUUCGGAAGUAAUCCCACUUUUCCAUUCCCACCUGGAGUAGAUUCUCAGCAGGAUUGUUGUAUUAACUGAAUAUAUAUGAAUAUAUAGCUAUUUCAAUA